GCAGUGUUCUCUCUCUUUUGAUCUAAUCUUUAGCUCGUUCUUGAAUUCUAUAAUGGUUUUAGGAUUGAAAAAGUUGUGUGUAUGGAGAUAAUUGCCUCUAAAAUGUCUUAUUCUCUAAAUUGCCGCUUAUUAUUUUUACAGAAAUUUAGAAAUUGCCGCUGUUUUUUUAGAAAAUUUGUUUAGCGAAUAUAUCCCAUUAAUUUCGGUUGGUUUUACCACAACUAUUAAUACCCAUAACCUCUUAUGUUAACCCUAAUUUUUAUUUAGCGAUCCCCACUCCACAGGUUCUUUACUACUCUUCACGUCUCACCACCGUAACUCUUCUUUUCUACAGACAUGGGGACUUGGGAUGACUAUAUGGCUUAUAGACGAAGGAUGGACCAAAACCUAUUGGGAUCGAGUUCUCAACAGAUGAGUGACUCCCCUACAGAUGCUGGAGAACCGUCUAGAGUACCUGAGACGCCUACAAAUGGACAAAGCUCAACGGAUCCAGCAGAUUUAUUGACUCUGGACCAAUUGCUUCGAUCUGCAGGCCGUGCAAGCCUAAAAAAACUUGAUCCGAGAAGAAUGAAUGGUGAUGGAUGGUUUGAAUACACCAAGGGGAUUACUAAGGCUGUGAAAAAAAUUGUGGAGAGCGAUUUCAAAGAAGUGGCUCCUAAUUGGUCAACACUCUCAAGCGAUACCAAGUUACGUUGGUUCAAAGCAUUUGCGCAAAAGUAUAAUUGGCGUUAUGAGAUAACAACACUUGUUCAACAUGAGUUUGAGACUUUGUGUGCAUCUCGUUUGCUGGGAUAUGUCCAUGAAUGGAAAAAGGCAUGGAAGCAAGACAAGGGGAAGCCCCAAUGGAUGUUAAACUCUGUUUGGAUUGGUCUUAUUGCUUUCUGGGAAAACGAGAAAAGCAUCAAGAGAAGCAAAACCAACUCCAAAAAUAAGAAGAGCGAUCAUGGUGGCUUAGGGAUAGCUAAGCACACAUGUGGGUCAAUGCCAUAUGUCCGGAGAAGAGAAGAGAUGCGUGAUAAGGUGACAGGAGAGCUCCCAGAUAUGGUUACUUUUAUGGAAGCAACCCAUAAGAGAAAGUCUGAUGGUGUAUUUGUGUGCAAAAAAGCUGAGUUGAUCGCCAAAAAAUGUCGAAACAUGGAGCACCAAAUUCUUAGUCAAAGAGACAAUGAUGAUGGUGACACUUUGGACACUAACCAUCUUACACAAGAAGAAAUUGAUGCCAUUUACCAAGGGGUAAAAUGCUGAAACUUCUAUUAUUUUUUUAAUUAUACUUCAUGUGUUUUUUUUUUUAA